UGCUCUCCUGGAGUCCCAGCCUCCUUCAUAAUAAAAGCUCCUUCAGUCUGAUCCAGUUUAACCCUCAACCUGUCCUCACAGCUGCAGGUCCAGAAGGAGCGCAAGCAUGAGGAGCACCGCAGGAAUCCUCCUGCUUCUGUCAUCUGCCUUACUUUCUUCAGCUCAGGUCGCGCCGCAAUGCUCCGUUCCGAAUGAGGUCCAGAGCGCCAGACUGGUGCGGGGUUACCCCCCCACUAUGAAGUUCAACAUCGGGGAUAGAGUCUACUACCGAUGCCGGGAAGGAUUCACACCAAAGGACGGGAAACCUUUUGUGGUGUGUAACGAUGGAGCCUGGAGCAAACUGACUCUUCAGUGUGAAAAGAAAUCGUGCAGCUAUGCUGGAGAUCUGCAAAACGGCGAGCUCAUUUAUGAAGGAAAUUCCUACCUUGGUGAAAAAGCUUAUGCUAAAUGCAAAAAAGGGUACACCCUGAAGGGUUCGGACUUCCUGUUGUGCACAGAGUCGGGAUGGGUCGGUAAAUUUCCAUCGUGUGAAGAGGGAGAAGCGACCUGCUCGGCUCCAGUUGUGGCGAACUCAACACAGAGAGCUGACGCAGCGUCUGUCUACCAGGUGGGAGACAGAAUCAGCUUCUCUUGUAAUCGAGGAUUUCAGCUGGAAGGAUCCAAUGAGAUCACAUGUGCCACUAACGGCCAAUGGCAGCCCAAACCUCCGCGGUGUGUCCAGAAAGUGGAGAGGACCCAACCGCAGACGAAACAAACAAAUGGUGAUUGUGGAGCGCCGCUGCCGCCCCCCAUCGGCUCCAAUGCUUAUCUCGUCGAUAAGUAUGCCAUGAAGACGUCGUUUUCCUCUGGUAACAAAGUCUACUACUCGUGCAACGUCGGAUACACCCCAAAAGCUGGCAGCAGAGGUCGCAAAUGUAAAAACGGAGAAUGGACGAAACUGAGGCUGGAAUGUGAACGAAAGCUUUGUGGGCAUGCAGGAGAGAUUGAAAACGGCCAUUUUGAUUAUACUGGAGUGAAGUUUGGAGACACUGCUACAGCUAAGUGUGAUGAAGGGUAUAUACUUGUGGGACGGGCCACUAGAAACUGCCUGAGUCAGGGCUGGGAUGGACGGAUUCCAGUUUGUGAAGUUGCCGUAUGCGACGAGCCAACAAAGACAAAUGCAAUCAGGAAAGGCCCUACGGAGCCACCGUACAGGUACAGGAGCGUGAUUCAGUAUCGGUGCCAGACGGGAAUGCUGGACGGGCCCAGGCAGAUCUAUUGUACCUCUGAUGGAACAUGGAGUGCAUUUCCUCCACAAUGCAAAGAAUUUACAUGCACACCACCCGACAUACCCUAUGCUUACUGGAUGGGGAGCCAUCGUGAAAAGUUCAACGCCAUGGACGUGAUAUCCGUCGAGUGCGACAGAGGUUACUCCAUCCAAGGACCCACCUCCAUAAGUUGCAGCAGAGAAGGCCAGUGGAUCCCAAGUCUUCCCCGCUGCAUUCCUGAUCGCCGGUCACAGUACUAAUCUGUUUCUGGAGGAGUGAAUUCAGGAGGAGUGAAUUCACAAAAUGUAGCUGUGGAGAAAUAUUCCAAUAACAACAAAAAAAAGCAUGAAUUUAUCAAGCUAAAUGAAAUAUGAUCAACCUAUAUAAUGCACUGUAUUUUGUUAUUAAACUUGCAUUCUAUUUCUUAUAAAGACAUUAAAGUAUUUGUCAAAGAUUAA